GCGGGGUUGGCGUUAGCACUGGAGGCAGCCUUGGGUUGAUAGUCCGCUGCUGUCGCCUAGACGUCCUCCUGGAGCAGAUGGAGGCAGCCCGCGGCCGCUAGCGGGAGGGCAGCGGCUGCGAGGCCAGGGCGACACUGGGACCUCCGCAGCUGCCACCGGUGGGGCAAGACGACCAGGCUUUAAGAGCGAGUGGAAUCAUCCAUUCUACAGAAUCAUUGUGGCUGAAAGAGAGGAUAAGACAUUAAUAUCACACAUGAGCCAUGAACCAAUCUUCAGUGUUUACAGAAUAUUAGCACCCACCCAUACCUCUGCUCUUUGAUUUUAUUAUGCUGCUGUAUGAAAGGUUGAAAGACUUCUCACCUUCUGCUUUUGAAUCCUGACUUCAUGCUCAGGCACCAUAUUAAUAUUUUUGAAGUCUUGUCCAUAGAUGGCGUUUAAUGGUUGCUUUAGUUUGAAGUAUCCUGGCAACCCUCAGCCAGGGGACUUGAUCGAAGUGUUCCGUCCUGGCUAUCAGCACUGGGCCCUGUACUUGGGUGAUGGCUACGUCAUCAACAUAGCACCGCUAGAGGAUGGUGUUCCUGCAUCAUUUACAAGCGCCAAGUCUGUCUUCAGUAGAAAAGCCCUGGUGAGGAUGCAGCUUCUGAAGGAUGUUGUGGGAAACGACACAUACAGAAUAAACAAUAAAUACGAUGAAGCAUACUCCCCUCUCCCCACGGAAGAAGUCAUGCAACGGUCCGAGUUCGUUAUUGGACAAGAGGUGGAGUACGACGUUCUGGUCAACAACUGUGAGCAUUUUGUGACUUUGCUUCGCUAUGGAGAAGGAGUUUCAGAGCAGGCCAACAGAGCCAUAAGCACCAUCGGGUUUGUGACAGCUGCUGCCAGUGCCUUCUCAUUCCUGGGCCUGUUCUCAAAGAGACAAAAAGCAAAAUACUAUUAAGGAUUUACUGAAGAGAUAUUGGAACCGAAGGAAUUUGUGAGGAGGGGAAAAGGAAAGCCUGGGAGGAAUGCUUAUUUUCAAUGUAUCGUUAUUGUUUCAAACCCCAGUGAUGGAUGGCAAGU